GCUCUUUUCGAAACGCUAACGGUCGUCCUUGCAGCUCUCUCGACCGUUCCGUUUGUUCUCGUCACUCGAUCACUUCGGUUCGUCAGUUGCUUUUCGUCCCUCGAGCUAGUCGUGCCUGCUUCCCGAUCGACAUGAUGCGCGCAACGUUCACUUUCACCUUGUCCACUGUUCUUCUUUUCUUCUCAGCGCUUGGAGAGGGGUCAUCGGCGAGCAGCCGUAUUUUACCAUCGGUUACCGAAUUCUUCGAAGUCCUCCAGGACAACCUUACAGAAGUAACAUGGGAACAUGCCGUCAACAGUCAGGCAGCUCUAAAAGAGGCUCUCAAUUCAAGCGAUAUAAUGAUGAUCGAGGCAGACAUUGUUUUGGGAUACUUGGAGGGAAACUCGACGUUUCAACUUCCCGUGAUGGCGCAUCCACCAAGUAAUACGAGUGAUUUAUCCUUUGAAGAUUUCCUGAAUCAGGUUAUCCAAAACAAAGCUCAUGGAAUCAAGCUCGAUUUCAAAUCACUCGAAGCUUUCAAUGCCAGUUGCACAAUCCUUCAGUCACGCAGGGAGAAUAUGACGUUUCCGGUCUGGCUAAACGCGGAUAUUCUCGACGGACCGGUGAACUCGAGUUUGAUCGGGGAGCCCGUGGAUGCUACGAAAUUUUUACAACUGGCGGUCACACACCUUCCAAAUGCCACGUUAUCUCUCGGAUGGAAGACGAGGUAUGGGACCGACUACAACAUUACCGACGGCAGUUACUCUGAAGCGAACGUUGAGGAGAUGAUAAAGACUAUCAGCAACGUCAGUCUGCCAAUAACUUACCCUAUGCGGGCCGGUCUUGUAGCGAAUAGCUUGAGCGCGAUAGAAAAAUUACUAAAUGAAUCUGCCAACGGGACGACGUUGACUGUUUGGUCAAGCGCCGGCGACAGCGUCGAUAACGAAACGCUUUCCGAUGUGAUUAAAAAGAUAGGCGUAUCCAGAGUCUACGUCGAUGUACCGGAUGAGCUUUGGGGUCGCCUGGAUCUCAAAUCUUCUCCAAGUUCCGGAAUUAAAAUUGGCGCCGUCGCUUUCGGCACGCUCUUAGCUGCAUUUUUGUUUGCCAAGUUCUUCUGAACGCUCGACAUGGAAUGCGACAUAUAAUCGAGAUCAAGUUCUAAUUCACGUCACACAUUCUCAGGUUGCAGAUAAUCGAUUCGAGUCUGCAGAUUUGCACAGUAUUUACUUGCUGAUCAACUGCGAUGUAUUUAAUGCAGUGAGAACUGAUGCAUUUGAGGAUAACUCUUUGAGUCUGGUUUGAAAAUAUUUUACACUAAUGAUUAAAUCAAACGGACUGCUCAUUCUUCUAUUACAUUUCUUAAGUCUACUGCAAAAGAAUGAUGAAUUAAUUCGUCGACCAAUUACUUUAAACACUUAAUCAAGUCUCACUGGAAAUUCCACAAAUGUGUAAUAUAAGUGUCGAAGCAAUGAAGUGGUAUAAAGAGGAUCAGAAUUCGCAAUAUCUCGAUUUUUUUAUGGCGAAUAUUCGGUAGUACCUGACACGUAUUGAUACAUCUAUUUCAUUACUGCUCGGCGACAUGUAAAGAAACAUUGCAUUUAUAUAAUUUGAAUAGAAAAAAUAACGAUAAAAAAAAAACUUUGUGUUUUUAGUCAGAUUGAAGGUAUAUAGUGGCUAUUCUUAAAAUUUUCGUCUUUUUAUUACUCGACAAAUUUGUAUGAUAUUUCGAUUUAAUCAAAAAAUCUUGCGCAUCGAUACGUUCAACUUUAUUCAGCAUCACAAAUUUCGUGUGCAUCGUAAUAUCGUAAUUGUGAUUGUACAAUGCACAUACACACAUUCUAUUACGAGACGCAAAUAUAAAACCAAGACAAGAAAUAUAUGUUAUACCUAAAUUACAUGAUCUAAUUUUAGUAGAUAUUAUAUGUUUAAUCUAUACACAAAAGUGCUUUGUUGACGUUCUUGUCGCACAUGUGAUUUAUAUUUACUAUAUUACUUAUAAGUUAAUAAGUGUAAUAUGUAUAAGGUUGAUAGCGUACGCGUGUAGUGCUAUGAAUUAUUUUAUACCCUGUAAUUAUGUAACUAGAAUAAUCACCAAAGAUUCUUUCCUCUAAUUGUAAUAAGUGUCUGCAAAUAUAGACGGCAACACUUUUUCACCGUAAUUGUCUUCAUCUUUUGACGGAUAUGAAGUAU